AUGGCUGGAUGGUUUUCCUCUGGCACCUCUGCCCUUGACGAGCAGAUUGAAAAGGCCACUUCAAGUAGUCUCGAAGACAUUGCCACAAGUCUCGAAAUCUCCGAUUUGAUUCGAUCCAAAACAGUGCAGCCUAAAGAUGCCAUGCGGUCAUUGAAGAGGCGGAUAGGCAACAAGAAUCCGAAUGUUCAGCUCUCAGCUUUGAAGCUUACCGACACCUGUGUAAAGAAUGGAGGUUCUCACUUCUUGACGGAAAUCGCAUCCCGCGAGUUCAUGGACAAUCUGGUUUCGCUGCUCAAAGCAUAUGGACCUGCGGCUGUGAACGACGACGUCAAAGGCAAGAUUCUCGAACUGAUCCAGACUUGGGCUGUUGCCACACAAGCGCGCUACGAUCUCUCAUACAUCAACGAAGUCUACAGGAAUCUACAAAAAGAGGGGUUCACAUUUCCGCCCAAGGUUGAGAUUGCAAGCACUAUGGUGGACAGCAGUGCCCCUCCAGAAUGGGCCGACAGUGAUGUCUGCAUGCGGUGUCGUACAGCUUUCACCUUCACGAAUCGCAAGCACCAUUGCAGGAAUUGUGGCAAUGUCUUCGACCAGCAGUGUUCUUCCAAGUCGAUUCCUCUACCACACCUGGGCAUCAUGCAACCGGUGCGCGUUGACGACGGAUGCUACGACAAGCUGACCAAGAAGGCUGGUGGCUCCGAUCGCCGGGUAUCUUUCGCAACCAAACCUAGCGCCAUGCAACCACGAAGUGCAAGAGUGGAGACGAGCAGCUUUGACGAGGAUCUGAAAAAGGCAUUGGAAAUGAGUUUGGAAGAGGCAAAGGGAAUAUCAAGUUCCGGCUAUGUCCCACAAACACAGGACAAGAAGGAACCUUCAAAGCCAAAUGGUGCGGCGGCCGAGGAAGAGGACGACCCUGAUCUGAAGGCUGCGAUAGCCUUGUCUCUGAAAGAGGCAGAAGAACAGGCCAAGAAGCAUGCGGCCUCGAUCAAGCAAUCUGCAGCUGACGGUGCAACCUCUACACAACCAUUCGUCAUGCCGAAGAACGACUAUGAAUUAUCGAUCAUGGAGGCGGAGAAUAUCAACCUCUUCUCCACACUCGUCGACCGUCUACAACAUCAGCCGCCUGGCACGAUCCUACGGGAACCACAGAUUCAAGAGCUAUAUGAAAGUAUCGGCAAGCUUCGACCCAAACUAGCCAGGACGCUGGGGGAGACCAUGUCCAAAAACGAUGCGUUACUCGAUCUUCACGCCAAGUUGUCUACUGUUGUUCGUUACUACGAUCGAAUGCUCGAGGAACGACUGAACAACACGUACAAUCAGCGGAAUCCGGGAUACCCUGGUUACAGCAUGGCCUCGCCAGGUCUACCUCAAAAUUCUGGAAUGUACCCAUCAAUAGGUACUGGUCUACCGCCGACCAUGAACACGGCACCAGGGGCCGCCGAGAAUUUUUACUUUAGCAAUGCGCCGUCGGCAGAAACGUAUGGGCAGAUGCCUGAACCCCAACGCUCAUAUUCAUUUUCGAGUCAAAAGCAAGAUGCUUCGGGCUCGUCGUAUCCGUAUCCAAACCAGGCUCAACAGGCGCAUGGUGGACAAUACAAUCAACCACCAUCCCCGCAAAUGUACCAUCAACAGCAAUACUCAGCUCAGCCUUCACAAGUCCCUUCUGCGUACCCUCAACUGCCACCUCCAGAUCCCCAGCAAACUCCUACACCUUAUGCCCAGGGGGCGGAGGCUCCUACUCCUCAACCGCAGUACGCUGCUCAAGCUCAACCAGCAUACCAACAACCACCACAACCACAACAACAACCACCACCGUCGACACCUCAGAUUCAGUCACAACCUCUACCUGCACCUACGCAGACAUAUAAACGGCCUGCGCCCCCGCAACAACAACCACAACACUACCCUCCUCCGCAGCAGUCCAGCCAACCCCCGUAUCCCGCGUAUCCGUCGAGCUUCAGUCAAGAUCAAUUUCCUUCCGUACCACAACAUACGCCUGGUUUUCCGCACCAAUCUGUACCACAACACCAGCCUCAACCGGUGGCGGUGGAGGAGAGUUUGAUUGAGCUUUAG